AUAUGUUGCAUAAUGUAUUAUCUGUGUUUCCGAAAUUCAUUAACUUUUGUAGUUAAUGUAGUUAAUGUAUAGCUACUGUAUGUAUAAUUAAUGUACAUACGUAAAUUUUGAAUAGCGUAGGUAUCUGUGUUUUAGAAAUUCAUAAAAAUUCAGUUAUUGUAGUUAAUGUAGUUAAUGAAUUUAAUGUAGUGACAUAAGUAAAACAGUUAAUACAGUUCAUGUUCCGUUUACGUAAAAGUUCUCCGAAUCGGUCAGACAAUAUUAUAAUGCAAUACCGCAAUUCUCUAUUUCUCUCGAUAUUUGAUGUAUAGUGAAUAUGUACCUGUGUAAAGUCUCUUUCUCUAAACAUCCGUCACCCUCUCACAUAAAAAUUGAAAGGUAUUUGAUCGAUUUGCUGUUUGACUUUUUUCCGGCCGUUGCACUUUUAAAAUGGCACCGCCGUGCCCGGUUUGUCAGGCGCUUUCAAAUGGAUUUCAUUUUGGAGUUGAGGUUUGCAGCGCCUGCUCCGCGUUCUUCCGCCGUACCGUAUUCAAAAAACGGAAUUUCCGAUGUUGGGGUGAACCUGUGAAUUGCUGUGAGAUAGUUUCAACUGGAAGUGCAUUUUGCAAGAGUUGUCGAUUCGCGAAAUGCCUGGCAGUUGGAAUGAAAAAAGAGACAGUUCAGCAGGGAAGAGAGGGCUAUGGGAAACGAGAAAUGGCUCUGGUUCCGGUUAUUUCAAAAUUUAAAGCAAAUCGACAAGGUCUACCUAUUCUUGAGACAAUUGUGGAGACCUAUUCGCUAUUAUUAAAUGUUAGAAUAUGUGUUCAUGAGGGACCAAAUGGCAGUAAUUCGCCGAAACGAGAUCCAAAACCAGUAAACUAUAAAGAAACUAUUGCAUGUUUUCUAAAGGAAUUCUAUCUAGUCGGCGACUGGUUAUCCCACUGUUUUCCCGAAUUCGCAGCUUUUCCAGUUGAUCAGAAAGAUCUUCUCCAUCGAAAUUUCUAUCUGCAAUUUGUUGUGCUGGAAGGCGGCUUUUUCUCAUGUAAUCAUAAAAGAAGUGACAUUAGAUAUCUACCAUCUGGAGACUAUAUUGAUUGCGUCAACCCUGAAACCUAUUACUAUGACCCCGAUGGCAAACAGCCGAUGACUCCUGGUGAAGCUGUGACACUAUUUGCCUCAUCAUUUCAAAGUUAUCGUCGUAAUGUCACUCACCCUAUGCUCCGAGAAAAUGCUGACCGAUUUGAGUUUCUGGCUCUAACCGGCCUGGCUCUCUUCGACGCGGAUUUGGAAAAUAUCUCUGAAGAAACUGCUGCGGUUUGCCGGAAAGUUCGUCAAAAAAUUCAAAGGAAUAUGCUGAAAUACUACAUUUCCACAAAAUCCCCAGAAGAUGCUUCUGUGCGACUGGGCAACUUGAUUUCAAUUAUUCCAAGUUUACAUCGAGCAACGCGACGAUUUCUCGAGGAUAUUGAGCUGAGCCAUGUGAUGAAGGCGUACGCUGUGGAUGAGAAAUUCUAUGAUAAUUGCUUGCCAAAAUUUGGGUAUCUUUAAUGAUGAGAAUGAUGAAUAAAACCUCUUCUAUAU